GACGCAAGGUGGUCAGGACGCAAUGUCAACAAUGAUUCCUCAAGCUGCUUGGCAAUGUCCACCGCCACCAUCUGCCAUCCGUGACUAUAACAUGAGCCCGCGUGGGGCUCGUUCGAGAUAACUUUUGGAGUUGACUCGCUACCAUGUCAGUCUCGAUGAGCGACCGUACCGUGCGUUUGCUCGCUGGGCCUGAGCUCCUCGGAUAUUUCUUUAAUUGGUCACUCCUUGGAGUCCUCAACGUUCAAGUCUAUUUAUACCACGUCACCUUUCCUCGUGAUCCAAUUUUCCUGCAAUGCCUCGUCUACGGUGUCCUCAUAUUUGAAUGGAUCCAAACCGGGCUACUCACCGCAGGGUCCUUCGAGAUCUUCGUAUACCAAUACGGGGACUUCGAGGCGUUGACCAAGAUCUAUAACGGGUGGUUCUGUCUGCCCGUUAUGUGCGCGAUGGUGUCGAUGGUGGUGCAGUGGUUCUUCGCGUGGCGGAUAUAUCUGUUGUCUAAGAUUCGCGUCUUGGUUGGCGUGAUCGUCACGCUCUCGUUGCUGCAGGGCAUAUGCGGAAUUGUGACCGGAGUGCAGCUGAAGAACUUAGCGUCUACGGCAGACGUGUUCUCAGACAGCUCCGUCCUCACUGUCAUCAUCAUCUGGCUUGCAGGUGGUUCAUUAGUGGACAUCACGAUUGCCGUGACAAUGACAAUAUUGAUGGUCAAGAGGAAGACGGGUAUACGAAAGACGGACAUGGUGGUCAAUAAGAUCAUUCGCUUGGUAGUCGAGACGGGCACUUUGACAGCGAGCUUCGCAAUAUUUGCGAUAAUCCUGGCUCUGGCGUUUCCGGGAACCCUCUAUUAUGAGCCGGCUAUCCACAGCCUUGCCAAACUGUAUUCGAACACCUUUGUCACAAAUCUUCUCAACCGCGCCUUCUUGAAUGGCGUCCACCAUCCGAAUGGAAGCUCGACCCUCGGCCACAUCAGUCUAGCACUCACUCCUGCGGCCCCCGACGCGGAGGGUGCCCAAGAAAGCGGCAGUGUCAGCGGGGAACUCGGCGGCGAUAGAUCGGUGGUGUAUCCCAUUCAAAAACUUGGAGGCUUCGUGCUGGACAAGCCUUCUGUUUGACGAAUGUACUUCCCCUUCAAUGACACGUCGCCCAGCCGACUUAUCCGUAAUAUGUAUGAGAGGUCUGCGACAAUACUGUACUUGCGCCGUACGUACGGGAUCAUGACUUGAAGUAACCUCAGUGACUGGAUAUUGGGCCGUUACUGGACGUAUACAUGCCUUUAUGUCUCUACCAGCUGCGACACUGAGGAUGCUGAGUACUCCCUGUCCCCCAACUUGGCAACUGGGAAGUUUAUGAAGUUAGGC